UCUUUUUCAAACAGCCUCUCUCUCUCCCUCCAUGGCAAGAGGAAUGCUCUUCCCUGCUGGAUUCACGGUCCUAAUUGUUGUUAUUGUCCUAGUCCAUGAAGCUUGCAGUGGCAACGAUAGUUAUAAUCACUCAUGUCCUCCUUCUUCAUGCGGCAAUAUCCAGGAUAUAAGCUAUCCGUUUCGGUUGGAAGGCGAUCAACCAAUUUGUGGAGAUCAAAGGUAUAGUCUGUUUUGUGAGAAUAACCAAACAGUAUUAUACUUAUAUGCUGGAAAAUACUACGUACAGGAAAUCGAUUACAAGAGAUACACAAUCCGAAUUGUAGACGCAGGUAUUCAUGAGAAGGACAAUAUCUCCUUCAUCCCUCGUUAUUUUCUAAACAACUACAAUUUCAGUUCAGGGGAUCCAUAUAACCUAUCUUAUCCAGAUAACAGAUAUGUCCGUUGUAAUAUUACUGAUCGGUACAACCGGUUAAAUUGGCAGUAUGGUGUGGUUUGGGUGAAGUGCGAAAAGCCAAUGAUUUCUGAACAGUAUUUUGACGCGUCUAGUUGCUUGAGUAAUGGAGUGAAUUCUUCCAACUCUUCUCUAUUCCAUUCCAAGAGCUAUCGAUAUGUUUUAUAUUCCGACCUUCUAUCAUCUAUGGACGAUUUGGGGGACUCUUGCCAAAUAGAGCAAAUGCUUUCGACAGCGUGGGAACACUACCCAAUUACGUGUUCAGACGCUUACGAUCUAGUGGCCUACGGUUUUAAGCUUUCAUGGGUGCAAGCUUUGUGUGAUAACUUCACAGGAGAAGACUUUUGCUACAUCAAUAACGUGAACACGCUUGACUAUGGUUGCUACGAUCCAACACUACUGGCAACACAAGAUUCAUCCGAUAAAUCGAUAUUUAGAAAAGUUAUUGGAACUCUUUUGCGCGUACUGGAAGUAGUACCGGAGAAUACAUACUACAUAUUAAGUUGGAUUUACCCAGAUGACGUCGAUGCCUCCAUAUUAAUCCCAACGGUAUGCAUGAUCUCCUAUGUCGGACUAUACCUUGGAGCAAAAGCUGUAUUGUUGGGCCCAUGUGUGAUUGCGUUUUUGAUAUAUAAAUGGCGUAGAAGGCAUUUAUCUAUGGACAAUGUUGUUGAAGAAUUCUUGCAAAGCCACAAUAACCUCAUGCCAAUAAGGUAUUCUUACUUCGAAAUUAGGAAAAUGACCAAAAAUUUCAAGGACAAAUUAGGCGAAGGAGGCUAUGGCACUGUAUUUAAAGGAACACUUCGAAGUGGCCGACUUGUAGCUAUAAAGAUGUUGGGUAAGUCCAAAGCUAAUGGACAAGAUUUUAUCAAUGAAGUUGCAACCAUUGGACAAAUUCACCAUGUUAAUAUAGUUCAACUCAUUGGUUUUUGCGUUGAAAGAUCAAAGCGAGCUCUAGUAUAUGAGUUCAUGCCUAAUGGCUCUUUGAAUAAAUACAUAUUUUCCUCAGAAAUAAGUACCCUCCUAAGCUAUGACAAAAUGUAUGAUAUAGCUUUAGGAGUGGCUCGUGGAAUUGAAUAUCUACAUCGAGGAUGUGCCAUGCAGAUUUUGCACUUUGAUAUCAAGCCUCACAACAUUCUUCUUGAUGAGAAUUUGGCUCCCAAGGUGUCUGACUUUGGCUUGGCAAAAUUAUAUUCAGUAGAUGAUAGCAUUGUCUCUUUGACUGCUGCAAGAGGGACGUUAGGAUACAUGGCUCCUGAGUUGUUCUACAAAAACAUUGGAGGCAUUUCAUACAGAGCUGAUGUUUAUAGUUUUGGCAUGUUAUUGAUGGAAAUGGCGGGUAGAAGAAGGAACUUAAAUGCACUUGCAGACCAUUCAAGUCAAAUUUAUUUUCCUACUUGGGUUUAUAACCAAUUGCAUGGUGGAAAAGACAUAGAAAUAGAAGAUGUUACCGAGGAGGAAAAGAAAAUAGCUAAGAAGAUGAUCAUGGUUGCCUUAUGGUGCAUACAGAUGAAGCCUAGUGAUCGCCCUUCAAUGAACAAAGUCAUAGAAAUGCUUGAAGGAGAAGUUGAAAGCUUACAAAUGCCUUCCAAACCAUUCUUAUCAUCACUAGAGAGCCCCAUGAGGGAUGCUGGAGAGGAUUCAAAUCAAACUUGCUCAUCAAUUCAAUCAGAAGAAUCAAGUCAAAUAACUCAGUUUUAAAUGCAAAUUAAGUGAUAUGAGUCUCCUCAAUUACAUUCCCAUUAUAUUGGGGCAAUUAGUGUUCUCAUCUAUAUUUGUUAGCACAAAGAUGCUUGAUGUUUAUGUGUAGUAAAUAAGAUCAGUUCCUUUGAUUUAUGAUAACUUGCC